UUUCGUCCACUAAACUUCAGCACUGGUUCGUUCCUUCCUCUUCGAACUCAUAUUUCGUACAAAUGCUCCUCUCAGUCUCCGCAGUUGCCCCUCAAAGUCCUCCUGUUUCCUAUAAGCCUAACCUCCUCCUUUUCCCUAUUUACAAUAAUUGCACUAAAAAUCUCCAACCAAAACAAUCCAAUUCCUCUUUCAAACAACUCAAUGCUUCUUCUUCUCUCUCCACCACCAACAAUACCAGCGACGUUCUCCAUCACGUCACCCGCACGCUCGCCGAAGAUGAGCCCCCUGGAGGCGGCGAUGCGGCAGCAAUGGUGUCCUCAGCCUCUGCGGUUGCAUCCGCUAUUCGUGGGGCAUCGACGUCCCCUGUAGAAUUCUUGCAGAUGAUCGAGAAGAAUCCCAAGACCAAACUGGUGCUACCCAGUCCCGACUUUCAACGCCUCUGUCUCGAACAACUCGACUUAUUUCGCCGAAUUGUCGAUCCCGAUGCCGUCCUUUCGGUUUAUGUGCGGCCUGCUGGUAGUUACGUUAUGGACCGACUGGAGCUGCGUCGAGUAACUUGUUAUCCAGACGUUAACACCACUGAUAUUAUCAUUGUAAUCGGUAAUUUUAGCGUACCCACGGGCUUACGGGCAGCUGAGGCUGCUCUUUCCAGUCAACAAGUUGAAGUGGUGCCGGAGUAUAGAGCAGUUGUCUUUCCUAUGGUCAAGCACCCGUUUGUUGUAGGGUUCUUGGUCGCUGAGCUACCAGUGACAGGACAGGGAGCUGACAAUGAGGGGCGAAACUUCAUUAGCUAUCCAUCCCCGGAGGAAGCCUAUGCUUUGCCUCCGAGCUCAGAUGUGCUGUCAUCGGCGGUCCAGUCUGUUGAUAUUGAAUCGUCGGGACGGAAGUUAUUCACAGCUGAUCAGAGAUCAAAUGCAAUUAAUAUAUCUCGUUCUCUGGCUAUGGCGUAUAUAAUGGAUCAGAAAGCAAUGUUACUCCAACAAUCAUCAUGGCAAAAUAAUGUUAGGAUGAGUAGCCUGGUCGAGCAGAUCCGUGGUCCUCUCUCUACCAUUCGUACUUUAAGUAAAAUGCUCUCUGUUCAUACAAAGAAAAGUGAGAUUGCACGUGACAUCGUUGAUGACAUUCUUGUGCAAGGGGAUCAAAUAAAAGGAACUCUUGAAGAGCUCCAGGAUGCUGUUCACUUGACAAAGGCUAAUAUAUUGCGCUACAACGAAGAAACAUUGAAGAAGAUGCAUGAUGCACAUCAUGAGUCAAUGAGAUCUCACCUAUCAGAUACAUUUUCAAGGGAAAAUUCAAGCAACAACUUGCAAAAGUUUGCCGAACGACUUUCUCUGGGUGCAGGAGAAAAGGAUCUAGAAAUGCCAAUGCCACCUCUGACUUUAGCACCUCUACACAACCAUGCAAUCAGACCGUGCAAUGUUUCUGAUGUGCUGCUAGAUAUGGUUGAGGCAGUGAGACCUCUCGCUCAUAAGCAGCAACGUGUGGUGGAACUAUGUGAACUUUCAGGGUCUUUGCAAGUUGCAGUGGAAGAACCUGCUCUGCGUCAGGCUCUGAGCAAUUUAAUUGAGGGUGCACUGUUGCGUACACAUAUUGGGGGAAAAAUUAAUAUUGUGUCUACUGGAGCACCAGCUGGUGGUACUCUUGUGGUAAUUGACGAUGAUGGACCUGAUAUGCACUAUAUGACACAAACGCCUACACUCGCACCAUUUGGGGCGGAACUCUUCUCUGAAACUGAAAACAUGGUCGAGGACAACAUGACAUGGAACUUUGUUGCUGGGUUGACUGUAGCACGUGAAAUAUUGGAGAGUUACGGUUGUGUAGUCCGUGUCAUAUCACCUCGGAGCACAGAUGUGGCUCUUGGAGCUGGUGGAACUCGGGUAGAAAUCUGGCUUCCUUCUUUUUCUGCUUUAUCUGAUUCGAGUGAACAAAGUCAUGAGGCAUAGCCAGGGAGUGUGCGUGCAAACUAGAGAUCUUUGCGUUGAGUAGUGAAUAAGCACACCUGUGGACAGAAAGACUGACAUAAAGGUUAGAUACUUGUAGAACUCAGUGCCAUUUUAUGUAUUGAUUUUUCCCAUGUGAAGGGCAUGAUGUAUACGUCCACUUGAUGUCACCCGUGUUUACUUCCUAGCAACAUUGUAUAUAACAUAAUUGUUAGGGUGUGGUACAUAUUGUAAAAACGUCAAAUCCCAUUAAUUGUAUGUAAAAGGUAGAUAAAGGUGAAAGAAAUGUUGAGUUGAACAGGUUGCUGUCAUUUUUGGUUCAA